AUGUCCGCGCUCAACUGGAAACCCUUCGUCUAUGGCGGGCUCGCCUCCAUCGUGGCCGAGUUCGGCACCUUCCCCGUGGACCUCACCAAGACGCGACUGCAGGUGCAGGGCCAGAGCGCCGAUGCUCGGUUCCGGGAGGUCCGGUACCGCGGCAUGUUCCACGCUCUUUUCCGCAUCUGCCGGGAGGAGGGCGGCCGAGCCCUCUACUCGGGGAUUGCUCCAGCCUUGCUGCGCCAGGCCUCGUAUGGCACCAUAAAGAUUGGCAUCUACCAGAGCCUGAAGCGGCUGUUUGUGGACCGCCUGGAAGAUGAAACGUUGCUCAUCAAUGUGAUCUGUGGAGUGGUUUCAGGGGUGAUCUCCUCAGCUAUUGCCAACCCAACAGAUGUGCUGAAGAUCCGAAUGCAGGCCCAGGGCAGCCUGUUCCAGGGUGGGAUGAUUGGCAGCUUCAUCGACAUCUACCAGCAGGAAGGAACCCGAGGCCUUUGGAGGGGUGUUGUGCCAACAGCUCAGAGAGCUGCCAUCGUGGUCGGGGUGGAACUGCCAGUCUACGACAUCACCAAGAAGCACUUAAUUCUGUCAGGCCUGAUGGGUGACACCAUCUUUGCCCACUUUGUGUCCAGUUUCACCUGUGGGCUGGCUGGGGCCAUCGCCUCCAACCCGGUGGACGUGGUGCGGACGCGGAUGAUGAACCAGCGAGCGAUCGUGGGCAGCACCGAGCUCUACAAGGGCACGCUGGACGGGCUGGUGAAGACAUGGAAGAGUGAAGGCUUCUUUGCACUCUACAAAGGUUUCUGGCCCAACUGGCUGCGGCUUGGUCCUUGGAACAUCAUUUUUUUUAUCACAUACGAGCAGCUGAAGCGCCUCCCGUUCUGACAGCUGCCUUCAUCCCACCAGAGUCCUCCUCCAGACCUGCAGCAGCGAGCUCUGCUGCAGCCUCCCUCU